CCCUGCUUCUGUGGACGAGUGUUUGGGAUCGAAGCCAGAAAAAAACCCGGUUGGAAGGAGCGCCCAACGAUCGGCUGAACCAUCUCGAGAGCCGCGGCUUCCAUUACGUUGAGCCGUCUACCUUUAGCGUCCCCACCGCCGUGAACCAGCAAGAUGACAGGGCUGGCAAUGAUCGCGGCUGCGAUGACUGCAGCGGUGCUCGGCUUCGUCCACUGCGCAAGCAUCACAGAGGGUCCGGAGUUUGCCGACGGGGCGCAAGUCGCAGAGCGCAGGACGCGGCUUGGCAUUCGGGGCAGAAACUGGGGGAGAAGCACCAGAUUGGGGUAUAACCGCACCGUCGACACGUACAAGGAAAGCUCCUCGCUCUCCGGCUGGAUGAUCGCUGUCAUCGUCAUCGUUCCUCUUGUUGUGGUGAUCGGAAUCGUCGUGCUCCGGGUAUACGUCUGCAGAGCCUGCGCGGGGCGAAAGGGGGGCACCUCGUACGCUUAUCAGGCAGGACCACCGCCUUACCCAGUUAGCCCCGGAACGGAAGCGGGACACAAGAGUUGAGCCCUUGCAAGGAUCUUCGCCCGUGGAAGCCACAAGCCUCCGCUUGGGAAGACUUCUCAAAUAUUUGGAAACGCUGCUCACAGCCUGUUGAUUUCUCGCUGAGCGGAGGGCCGGUAUGAUGUAACGAUUCCUUUCACGCGAUUCUAUACCUUUGCUAUAGUACACCACUCACGCGCAGGUGAUCGCGGGAAUAAUGAACGUAUACCGUACACGGCCUCCGAGAUUGCGAUCUCGCGCAUAGCGCGCGCGCUAUCUCGGAGGCGAUGAUGCGGAGUGCCGCCAAGACCACUAGUGAAACGCGGAAAGGAAUAGCGUUGGAAUGGAAUCGCUACAUUAUCCCGGCCCAGGAUUCGUAUAGGGGUUAUUAGCUGACGUCAUGGCAUGCCGAACGAAGCUAUGCCGAACAAAGUUCCGCCAUCUUGCCUGCUUUCUUUGUUUUGCUGAAAGGCCGAUGUCGUCUUCGCCUGUCUGCUUGAAGGAGCAAGAACGGCGGAAUUAUACAAUAAGGUAGAAUUCGGCAUUGCCCGCAGUUGCGCUUCCGCCUGAUGCAGUAUUUGAUGUUUGCAGGGUUUGGGAUCGAAUAGACAACUGGUCGAGCUCCCUUGUCUUUCUGACACACGAGUCGAAAAGAAAAAAGACGAGUGUGUAAUCGUAUGAAAUAAACUCUGAACGUGCUGUUUUUUGACGCACCGGUAUAUCGGUUAAGUGCACAGCGGGCGUUUCGAAGAAAGGUUUUCAGAUAAGGCUGCUGAAGGCUAUGCAAUGAAACAGCAGCGUGUUUCUAUGCGCAGAUAACGUGUGUUCGUAUGACGACGCCGUGCGCGCCCUAUCGGAGUAGUGGUGAUCGUUGAACUUGAAGUACGUCGUGUCUAUCGCGUACACUGUGUAAUAAGGACGCGUAUGGGUUAUUGCCGUGGCUUGUGGACCUAUUGUUCAUGGUUUUUGUAUCAGCCGCAUACCAUCGCUGCACGUAGGAAGGACUCCGGCACGCAUGCCUGUGCGGCGUCUGUUGCGGGACCGGAGAUGGUGAGCAGUCGGUUAGCGACGACCAUAGCGUUAGCGCUGGUACUGGUGUCCGCAGCGUCCGCCAAGGGCGUCCACGAGCCAGAAAGAUUGAACGCCGAUGUUGACAAGCAUGCCGCUAACGACGACAUUAAUCCGUUCGUCGUCGUAGCUCCAGUGGUUGGUCUCGCCAAGGGUGUUAUCGCGGCCAUCAUCAUUAGUGUCAUCAUAGUCAUCGUCCUUAUCAUCGUCUGCUGCGUCUGCAUGUGCAGGGCUUGCGCAGGCAAAAAGGAGACGCACACGGUCGUGUACACGGGCAACCCGAACCAGCAGUACCCGCCGCAGCAGUACCCGCCUCCGAUGCACCAACAGUGGCCGCCAGGGGCGCCGCUUUCCUCGCCGCCUCAGGGUUACAGCGGGCCACACGCGCCCUCCAGCCAGCCACAGGCCCAUGGCGCGCCGCCGCCAGCUUACCCGCCCGGGCCUGCCUACGUGCCGCCCAAGAAGUACUAGCCGUGAACCGUAGCGCUCGGCGUGUGCUCGAGUACAGAGACGCACGCGACGUGAAUUUCUCUACGAAGCGCGUCUACACGAACGCACAACUAAUUGGUCAUAAAGAAUCGCGUGGAUCUGC